UCUUAUCAGCUGUCACUGUCCUCAAACAUUCAUUUGACACAUCCAAAAUAUAGUUUUUUCGGCAAAAUUUUCACAAGCUCCUCGUAGAAAAUCGAUUUUGCUUUUCUGAUUUUCGCAAGCACAAACAAAACACAAUGUCGCGUCUACAAAGAAACUUGUUGAAAGCUAAAUUACCCCCGAGUGGCAACUUCUCGCGCCCAGGAAAAUCGGACAGUAUGAAAGCAGGACGCGCCAGGGACUACAAGCCAACGAUGUGGGAUGAGUACUUUGUGGAGAAGAUAGACGUGGUCGUGGACGAGAAAAACACAUUCCGCGUAUACAAAACUAAGGAGCCAGCGCAGCCAGGCCCAGUGAUUUUGAUGCUCCACGGGGGAGGCUACUCGGCCCUCACUUGGGCUCAAUUCAGUGUUGAGGUCACUCAGAUCAUCCAUUGCCAGUGCAUCUCCAUAGACUUGAGGGGCCACGGAGACUCUGUCACUGAAAACGACGAGGACCUCUCAGGGGAGACGUUGGCGACUGACGUCGGGAAAAUUGUUGCCAAAUUGUACCCAGAGAACUGUCCCAAAAUACUGCUUGUCGGCCACUCUAUGGGAGGAGCGAUUGCUGUGCAUGUCGCCAGCAUGGAGCUGCUUCCCACGCUAAUUGGCGUCACUGUCAUUGACGUGGUGGAGGGCACUGCCAUGGAGGCCCUCUCGAGCAUGCAGAGCUUCCUCCGCUGUCGCCCAAAUUACUUCAAGAGCAUCCCCCAUGCGAUUGAGUGGUGCGUCCGUAGCGGGCAAGUUCGAAAUCUGGAAAGCGCCAAAGUAUCCAUGCCGGGACAAAUAAUUAAUUGUAAGAGCAAAAAACUAGCCACAAACGAGCUGCCGCUAGAGGCUGAGGAGUCACAGGAGCCGACGUCGCCGACUACAUUCGAACAUCCGCUCAGUAUUUCCGAGAACGCCGAGUUGGACACAAACGACGUGGCCAAUGAUGUUGCCCACGGCGCACCACACUUCAAGGUGCCGACGCACAACCCGGAAAGUAUUAAACAGUACACUUGGCGAAUAGAUUUGUCGAAAUCUGAGAAAUACUGGACCGGCUGGUUUCAAGGCUUAAGCGAGAAAUUCCUCAAUUUGCGUGUUCCAAAACUCCUCCUUCUUGCCAGUAUUGACGGACUGGACAGGACCUUGACGGUUGGCCAGAUGCAAGGCAAAUUCCAGAUGCAAGUAUUAGCCCGCUGUGGCCAUGCCGUGCACGAAGACCGUCCCCACGAAGUCGCUGAGGUCAUCGGCACAUACAUGCUGCGAAACAAGUUCGCCGAGCCCGCCAGCGAUUUUCUACGGCACAUGCCAGCUUGUUGAUAGCCGAGCUACCGACGUUUUGGUUGUGAAAGAAAAAAUUCCGGCUGCCGUUCGGAACGCUAUUCAGUUCGGACCCAGUUACUCAGCUACUCAUACUUAACAGUUAAGGAGACAUGUAAGAUCCUGGCCCACAUGCAACUAUUUAUUAACUUUUCGAUUCUCUGUGAAAUUCAAAGAAAAGUAUUUUUAUUCGAAAUGGAUCUGAGUUUUUAUCCGUU